GACAUGUCCAUGGCUAGAUAAGGAAGACUUGCAACAACCUCUGAAGACAGCUCUACUUCUUGACAUAAAAAAGUGCAGAGGGCCUGACUCCUGCCUGCUUUUGCCUGAUUCAUGACGGAUCUAUGGGUCGAGGUUCGCACUGGUGAGAAGAGGUACUAUUGGAACGCUUCCAAAGAGGACGUUCUUUGGGAUCCUCCUCCAGGUGUAAGGGUGGUCUGGGCUGCAGAGAAGCAUCAAGAGACUGGCAAGACGUACUACUGGAAUAAGGAGACCAGUGAGAGUGUAUGGACCUUGCCAAUUCCGAAGAACGAAGGCACUCCCAGCGCCCAGCAGCCAUCUACACCUGGUACUGUGGGCGGCUCUAGACAAAGGCAAGAGAGAUGGGCUGAUGUGAGAGAUGGUCCAGAGAACCAUCGUUUGGAGGAUUUUGCACCUGAAGCAUCGGCUGGGCAGAGGAUGCUGGGUCUGGCAGGCAGACCAGGUCCUGUUCCCUGUGGUUGUGGAGCUGUGAGCGCAGGUUGCAAGCCAUCUGGUUAUUCUGGAAACUUUGGAGGAUUCAACAGCUUGCACGCUGGUGGUGGGCAUGGAGGCUGCGGUGGCUAUGGCUGUGGCUAUGGAGGCUGUGGAGGUUGCGGAGGUUGUGGAGGCUGUGGCGGUUGCGGCGGCAGCUGUGGUGGCUGCAGUGGAGGGUGUAGGGCUCCUUCUGGUGGCUAUGGGCCCACUAGAGGCUACGAUGGCUAUAACAUUGAUGCCCCUCGUCCCUUUCAAGGUGUUGAUGCUCGGGAAGAGCGGCAAUGGUGGAAAGGUGCAGGUGGUGGAGACUACGAAGAGUGGUGGGCACAGUGCCGUCAGCGGUUCCUACACGAGGUCGGUCGGGUCAGAACUGCUCAUGCUGCAAGCAGCCAAGUUUGGGAGAUGCUUCCCGAAGAAGUCGAUGCACGAAAAUUGGCAGUGGUGGAGUUUGAAGGAUCUGCCAGUGCAGCAUCGGUCUUUCCUCCCGAUUUCUGCAUAGCUGGGAUAGAUCCUGACGGUCCAGGUUCUACUGGGAUAGUCAGUCCAGGUUUCCUGGUGGCGGCUUUUGCUGACAGCCCUUACGAUGUUGCCGACGCCGUUUGGAACUUGUCUCAGACCUGGUGGGCGCUUGUGAAGGCGACAACACGUCUGGUGACUCUGGUCUUCGUGACUGGACUUGGCGGACAUGGAGAGGCUGAUGCAGAUGAGGAAACUUCCUUCUUGGAGCUUCAACGUCGUUGUCUCAUGAAGUCUCCAGCGCCUUUGAUCUUUGCGGCACAGCGGCUAGCCACUAGUGGAGGCAAGCGGCCACGGCUCUUGGGUGGAUGGCAGGUGUCGCGAGUGCAUCGAAAUCAGGCUGAUGAGUGGCUAAAUCCUGGAAGUAGAAGCAGCUGGUGGUCAUCAAGUCAAACAUGGGGAUCCAAAGUGGCCCCACCGAGAGGAGGCCGACGAGCCCGAGCAAUUGAAACCUAUGACUAUGAUGAGGAUUGGGAAGACACAGCUUGGGAAAACUGGGAUGGCGACUCAGAGGAACGACUCUUGGAGAGCGUCACGAGCUUUCUCGGUGAUGGCCCCAAAGAGGUUCAGGAACUUGCAUCGAUGUUCGCUGGCCGCUUCAAUGCUGUGGUGCGAUCAAAUCCCAGAAGUGGAUACAGCAUGACAGCUAGUACCUACUGGCCGCGGCUGGCACACCGCCAGUCCGAGGACAAGAAGAACGACGGCAGCUUCAAGAGGUGGCUGCUUGGAGCAGGCUUUGAGGCAAGCGCUCUUUUCGACAGGAACAAGUGCAUGAUAUCCUUGCCGCAUGCGAAGCGAACCACCCGUGGCACACGAGGUGGCCGCAAAAACCGUGGAGCCGAUAGAGCCACAAUUUCUGAUGGCGAACAGGAUAUGGCGUGGCAGGACGGAUUCUUCGAUCCUCCACAUGGCUUGGGCUCAGCUGAGGCCAUGGACCUCGAAGAAGAAGUGAUAUCCCAUCUUCGCGAACACGGCGAGUGCGACAUGGGAGCCUUGCGGCAGGUGAAUGACCUCGGAAGACGCUUCAAUGAAGUUUUCUUCCACAAGUCCAAGGUCAACGAUGGAUCUUGGAAGAAAUGGUUGGCUUCCAUGGAUGGAGUGGAAGUAGCCGUUGACCCUAAGGUAGCUGCCUAUCAUGGCAACAAGCCCACAGUGGUCCGACUUAAGUGAGCAAGACCACCCAAAGUGAGGGUGAGAGCUUGCCAACUGGAUUAGAUGAAAAGACUUGCCCGAUCCUUCAACAUUUUGUUUCAUAUUGCCAGUGCAGCUGGGGCCAUAGCUGCUGCAAAGGUGCUGCCUGUCAGCCGCUGGCAUUGG